GCACGUCGUUGUUAUUGUUGUCAACAGAACACGUGUCGUCUGAUAAUCUAUGAAACUGUGAAAUGUAGGACUAUCAGAAGACAAGAGAUUGAUUUCAACAUUUUCAACAUGUCAGUGGUACAGAGCUGCUUCAGAAGAAUUCCGUACCUUGUUCGUGAUAUCGACGUUUUUAGAAUCUCAUCCUUUAGACUGCUGAGUAGCACCUCUGCUAAAUUUUCCUCCCAUGGACAAGAGAAGAAGCUGUUUACCCCCGGUCCCCUCUCUGUGUCUCUGACCGUCAGACAGGCUGCUCUACGAGAUCUAGGUUCCAGGGACGUAGAAUUUAUCUCCACUGUCAAGUUCCUACGGUCCAAAUUAGUACAAAUAGCAGGAGUCUCAGAGGACGACUUCACGGCAGUUCCGGUACAGGGCAGUGGUACCUUCGCUGUGGAGGCAGUGUUCCACACCGCCUUACCUAAACCAAAGGGAAAGGCUUUAAUUCUUGAAAAUGGAGCAUAUGGAAAAAGGAUGGGGAAAAUUUGUGAGACAUUAGGAAUCCCAUUCCGUUUAGAGGGUUUUGCAGAAAACAGUAUGGUGGACGUGAAUAAAGUAGAGCAGAUUCUGAGAGAAGACCCAUCAUUCACCAUGGUAGCCGUGGUUCACUGUGAAACUAGCUCAGGAGUUAUCAACCCUGUGGAAGAAGUGGGUCAGAUGGUUAAAAAACAUCUACCAAAUUGUGUAUAUUUUGUGGAUGCUAUGAGCAGUUUUGGAGCAGUACCUAUUGAUCUAGAGAGAGCUAAGGUGGACUUUCUGGUCAGUUCUGUCAACAAGUGUCUGCAGGGUAUCCCAGGAUUCUCUUAUGCGAUCGUAAAGACAGAACAGCUGCUGCAGUGUAAAGGUAACUCUGGCAGUCUGUGUUUGGACCUGUAUGAUCAGUAUGAUGGUCUAGAGAAGACGGGACAGUUCCGAUUUACUCCCCCCACACACUGCAUGCUGGCCUUCUGUCAGGCUAUCAAAGAGUUUGAGGAAGAAGGCGAUAUUGUGGGAAGAGCUAACAGAUAUAAAGAGAACAGGAGAAUACUACAAGAGGGAAUGAAGAAGCUGGGAUUUGAAGAAUUCCUUGGCCCAGAACAUAAAGGCUAUAUCAUCACCUCAUACAAAUUCCCUAAUGACCCUAACUUUGACUUUAAAACUUUCUACAGUAAAUUAAAUGAAAAAGAUGCAAAGUUGACUGGCCUGGUGAUAUACCCUGGAAAGGUGUUGAAUGCAGACUGUUUCAGGAUUGGGACCAUUGGCCAGCUAUUUCCUGAGGACUUUCAUACAUUACUUAGUUGUAUUAAGGAGGUUUGCAAGGAAAUGAAUAUUAAACUCCCUGUUUCUUGAUACAGUGUCAAACAUAAAUGCAUGUAUGUUUGUAUAUUGUCUAUAGGUGUUCAAAAUGGGAUGUGACUGCAGGUUUUUUUUUUACACAAUAAUAUAUUAUUCAAUAUUUCAAUAACGGAUUAUAUACAUUUUAAUUUAGACAUUAAAAUUUUCAAUGCAUUGUCUCUUUUCUGUUUAUACUUAACAUGUGGGGAUAUUCACAUCAUUAAA